AGAUCUUGAUUAAAUUCAGGUGUUCUCUCAUAUUCAAGGAUCAGCUUUAAACAGUGAAAACUAAAUUAAAAUUCUAAACAUAAAAUCGAAGUUGACAAUCGACAGUCCAAUUCAAAUAAGACGAGAUGUCUAGGUCACCAUCGCCAUAUGGUAGAAAUGAUUAUUCCCAGGAUGACUAUCCGGGAGGAAGACGGCCAACACUUGACAGAGGUAUUUUCAACCCGAGUUUCAACCCGCAAUCAAUGUUAGUAACAGGAAAUGAGGGUAGAGAGCAACCGGAACUUCAUUUACCCAAGAGAGCUGUCCAUACAAAACCAACAAUACCAGAACAAGGAGACAAGGCAAAAGAUGACUUUACUCACACUGAGCACAUCGAAGUUGACUUCGAGAGUGUGUUCUUUGAACCAGAUGAACCCAAAAUGAUUGGUCCAGUUAAACUUUACUAUGAAAUGCUCUACAAUGUUGGCCUGCAAGGAGUCUACAACUUCCUAGCGAUUCUAUUUGGAAUCGUUCUUACAUUGGGAUGUGGAAUUCUGUUUGGGAUGUGCAACUUCUUCACUGUCUGGUUCCUGCAGCCAUUCGUCAGAAUGUUCCUGGUGUUCUUGCGCAUUUUGCACAUCUUUUACAAGGCCUUCGUUGGAUGCUUCUGUGACCCAUGCUGCAAUUCUCUCAGUUUGGUCUGCUCUAGAAUCAAUGGCAGUUUUGGCGUGAAUGUUUCUGGCAUUAAAAUUGGGCAGACUGAGAGAAUUUGAAUACAUACUGAACUAACUCUGAAAGUCAUUUCGGCAGAAAUGGCGAAAUAUCCAUAAUGUUUGAAUUAACACUGAACUAACUCUGACAGUCAUUCGGGAGAAAUGGCGAAAUAUCCAUAAUGUUUGAAUUAACAC